CAUCACGUGAUUUUGAUGCCGUUUGAUUGGCAGUCUAAUUGUAACCAACCAGGUGCUUUUAUUGCACAUUCGCAGUGAGUUCCUAAUUUCAACACUCGAUUUCUGCAAGAAGCACGUCGUCUUUUGAAGUUACUGCUUAAGUAGAAAAUUACCGUAACUGACUAUGAGCAACCCAUUACUUCCCAACGUGGUGCGGCCUAACCUGCCCUUGAGGCAGCCGUCGUCCAUGUGUCCUUCGCUUCCAGGACGCGUCGCGGCGGCUGCGAGCCCCGUCAGGCCGGAUUUGUUAUCAGUUGCAACCGACGUGGCAUCUCCACAAAUGAAUCCACCAACUGGAUUGGGGCCCAUGCCAACACCUGUGUGCCUUUGCCGGUUUUGUGGCCAGGGAGCAGGGAGUUUCCGUUGCACCCGUUGCAAGAAGACAAUGUAUUGCUCUGCACUGUGCCAGAGCAAAGACUGGAAGUGCCACAGACUGAUUUGCGUGCCCGCUGAUCCUGAGCCAGCAAAGGAGAACCUGAAUCUGACUGCGUCUUUGCCAGCGCUGGCCAACAACGACAACUUGAAGAAGCCAGCAUCAGCCCAGAAGGUGUUUUUGAAGGAUUUGGAGAAAAUGAAGAUUAACGAGGGAACAGAAUUUCAGGCAUGUGUUUCAGAGAUCCACAACCCUGGGAGGUUUUUUCUCUUCCUCCAAAAUUCUGAGCUGUUGGAGAAUCUGCAUAACAUCAGGGGAAAGCUCCAGAAGGCCGCCAGCGGUAGCCCAGCGCAACCUUACGCGCCCUGCGUCGGAGAGGUUUGUGCGGUGCAGUUCUCUGCCGAUCAGGUUUGGUACCGAGGCUUUAUCCAGAAGUUGGCGGCUGACAAAAAAGAGGCGCACGUGCUUUAUAUUGACUACGGGAAUGAGGAAAACGUCUCAGUGGACAGGAUGAGAGCCCUGCCUGUGGACCUUGACCUGUUUUAUCCUUGUGCGAUGGAGUGUCAAGUUGCCGGCGUGGAUCCGCCAGAGGGUGGCUGGUUACCCGAGUGCCUUUCUGUCCUCAAGGAGCUUCUGGCUGGCAAGUUCGUGAUGGCGAAAUUGACAGAAAUGGCGGCAAACGGUCCUCCGUACGCCGUGGACAUCCAGCUUCCCACAGGAAAGCUUUUGAGCACGUACCUCCUCGACAGUGGAUUUGGAACAAAAGUGGUCGCUUCACCAAUAAUGCAAGAUAUACAAGCCAUUCUGAACGCGUCCUUGGAAAACUUCAAGCGUCAAUCUGAAGGGAAGGACGACAAUUCAUGGGCUCAGCCUCCCGAACCUUUGACGCAAUCGGUGGGGGACUCCUUCUCUGUAGUGGUCAUGAGCUUCCAAUCGCCAGAUAGCAUCAUUGUGCAGAAGGUGGACAAUGCCGGCAUCAUUCAGAAGUUACAGCUACAAUUGAGGCAACAUUGCAACCAGUUGUCCGUUCCCCAAAAUUUCCGACCGGCGCCGGGCACCGCCUGCUGCGCCCUAUUUACGGAGGACAAGCAGUGGUACCGGGCCAAAGUGCUGGCGUACUCCUCAGAGGAGCGCGUCUGUGUGAGCUACUUCGAUUUCGGCAAUUCCGAGGACCUGGACAUAGCCUGUUUGAAACCCAUCAGCUCGGAGCUGCUUGUGCUGCCCAUGCAGGCCAUUCCAUGUGCUUUAGCAGGAAUCCAGCCUGUUGGGGAGAGCUGGUCAACAGAGUGCCUGUUGGCCCUGCAGCACAGGCUGUCAAACAGAAUCCUGCGCCUGGCCAUUGAAGGGGCGCAGGAGGGCAGCACUCUGGUGGCCCUGGUGGACGAGGCUAGCGACCCUCAAGCCGAUAUGGCUGAACUGCUCGUCUCAGCUGGCUACGCGGUUCCCGUUAAGCCCGAUCCUGUCCCUCCGGCCGCUCUGCAACCACCUGAUGAUCCAGGCUUCCCAUUGGACUGGAAGACGACGGCUCUACCCACCGACGAGCCCUUCAAGCCUUGCAUCGCAGCUAUUGCCAGUCCUUCCCUCUUCUUUGUACUCAGCCCCAGGCAAGAGGUUGAGCAGAAGCUCCCGGUGACCAUGCAGGAGCUGGCUGCUUUCUGCGGCCAAAACCGGGGUGUGUUAUCCUCAUUCGUGGACUGUGGAAAACUCCUACCGGGGGCCGCUUGCUGCGCUCAGUUCACUGCCGAUGACAAUUGGUACCGCGCCGUGGUGGUGAAAGCAGGCGAUGACGACGGGGUGACGGUCAUCUAUGCCGACUACGGCAACUCUGAAACGUUGCCCAUCUCCCGCAUUCUGCCCAUCCCUGCACACCUGCUGCAGCUCCCCUUCCAGAUUGUCCGCUGUGCUCUGACGGGCAAAGAUCAUUUCCCCGCCGAGUGGCCGCCGGAAGCGCUGCAGGUAUUCCUCAACUAUUUGCAGGACGACUUCCUGGCCACCACGCUGUCCUUCGACGGCUUCGUCAACAUCCUCGCCAUCAGCCGACCUCCCGAAAUGCGCGGCGCUCAAGUGAGCGCCUUGAUUCUAGACGCGCUGCAGACUUCCCGAGUCGAGGCCGUGCCGAGCUUGUCCAACGCCGUCGAAGAGAGAAACGAUGCUCCGGAAACCCCGCUGACACCUGAUUUGGAAACCACAGCGGGGGACACUGAGAUGACCCCUCAAAGUCCCCAACAGACUGAAAUCACUGGAGCGGAGCCCCAGAAGAGCGCUGCGUGUUGCUGCGCAAUCCUGAUCGCAAAGAUAGAGCGUCUGGAGGAGCAAAUGGAGGCUCUGAGGGUGUGUGUUGAGCGUUUCCACACCUAAGCAGUUGCUUUGUUUUUCUAUUUUUGCUUCCUUUCGGAAGCGGUUUGAGCUCCCUGCCAAAAAAUUUCAGAAGUUUUGUUUGUGUACUUGGCAAAAUGCUAAAACUUGUUUAUGAUACUUGAGUAAAGUUACAGUUUAAUGACCAUCUUUUUUUGUU